AUGGUGGACAGAGACGAACUCAGAUUUGUUGCCAAGGUCAUUAAAAGAAGGUCACGUCGUUCGUCGGUUGUAUUGGACAAAGAUCCAGUAGCCUCAUUAUAUUUAAUCAAUGACCAACCUUCCACCAUAGUUGAAGAGCCUCUUUCAUGUCUAUCAACUUCUAUCACCAAUAGUAAUGUUCAUAAUAUCACACGAAAUGAUGCUUAUCCUUGCCAUCCACUAAACAAUAACCAUCCUCGCUCUGCCUAUACAUAUUCACAUCCUCGGAGAGUUAGAGCACAUACAUUUGCAAGUGUUGGAUCAGUUGAUACUUUCUUUUUUGAUUCAACACAACCACCUUUAGAAGUGUUUAUACUGCCAAUUGACAAAUCUGGUGGUAAACUUUCACUUAUUACAAAAUCCAUCGCAGAACGAGGUGAGCAAAAUAGGUCUCAAUAUAGUAUAUGUGGUAGAGAGUUAUCGAUAAAUAGAAGAAUAAGUGUUCCACAAUUGGUUUUUUUUUGGGAAACCGUUUUUCUUAUCGGAACAAGGUCUGCCAGAAGGUACGCUGGAUGGGGUCACUAA